GCAAGAGCGCGCGUGUGAUGCGCUGCCUCUGACAUGGCCGGCGCUCGGGCGCUCGUGGCCGCCUGCUGCUGCUGGUGGUGGCUGACGAACGCAGCCGCCACCGAGCUAGACCUGCUGGCCGCGCUGUCGCUGCACAACACGUCGCGCGCCGGCGUCAGCGUCGCUCCAGGCAUGCAACCGCAGCGAACCGCCUACGCCCUACAAGGGGAAUCGCGGUCACUGCAAGUGGAAGGCGCUGCGUUUGAGCGCGCUGCGGAGCUCCUGCGGCGCUCGCCCGAGUUCACGGUGCUCGCAGCGCUGCGCCAGGAGCCCGCCAACUCCGGCACCAUCCUAUCCUUCUCACACGGCUACAACAGGUACCUGGAGUUGCAGUCGAGUGGGCGACGCGAUGAGGUGCGGUUGCACUACGUGGCUGCCGGCGGUGCCACGGCGCGGGUGGAGACCUUUCCGUUUCGGUUGGCGGACGGCGCGUGGCACCGCGUGGCGCUGGCCGUAUCGGGCGCGCAGGCCACGCUGUUCGUGGACUGCCACCCGCUGUACCGCCGCCUGAUCCCGCCGCCCGACCGCAACUUCACCCAGCCGCAGCUCUCGCUGUGGGUCGGACAAAGGAAUAGCAAACAUUCUUUAUUUAAGGGAACUCUUCAAGAAGUAAGAUUAGUGAGCGGGCCUCACGGUUACCUGGUGCAGUGCCCGGGGCUGGACUCCGAGUGCCCGACCUGCGGGCAGUUCGCGCUGCUGCAGGCAACCGUGCAGGAGCUCACAUCGCACAUCCAUGACCUUUCACUUAAGUUGGUGGGCACAGAAGCGAGGCUGGCGCGGUUGGAGCAGUGCGACUGUCAGAAGUCAUGCUACUCGAACGGCACCGUGCACGCAGACGGUGCCUCCUGGCAAAAAGACUGCAAUCGGUGCUCCUGCGUGCAUGGUGAGAUAACUUGCAGACCAGUUGAGUGUGAUAGAGCAGAGUGUAAAAAUCCAGUAUUACAUCCAGGAGAAUGCUGCCCUACCUGUCUUAGGCAAUGUCUACUAAAAGGCACGCUGUACGAGCACGGGGAGCGGUUCGCGCCCAAGGAAUGUGCAGAGUGCGUCUGCCACGACGGCAAUAUGCAGUGCACGCGGGUCGACCCCGACACCGCGUGCCCGCCGCUGCCGUGUGACCAGCCCGACCAGUUCACCGUCCCUGGCGAGUGCUGCAAGUUCUGUCCCGGAGUGGACUAUUGCAGCAUGGGUCACUCGUGCGACGAAAACGCGACUUGUAUGAAUCUCAAUACAAAGUACACUUGUAAGUGCAAUCAAGGAUUUCAAGGAGAUGGAAUUACAUGUGAAGAUGUGGAUGAAUGUCAAGCAGCCGGGGGCUUGUACGGGCACCACUGUCACUCCAACACUCGUUGUGUCAACGUCGUUGGCAGCUACGUGUGCCAGUGCCUACCGGGGUACACGAGGCGAGACAAAUUCAAUUGCGUUGAGGUGGAUGAGUGUGCGAGUGAGAUCCACGGCUGCCACGCGCACGCGCAGUGCAGCAACACGCCCGGUUCCUACUCGUGCCGCUGCCGGGACGGAUACUCCGGAGACGGGUACACGUGCAUACCUAUCUGUACAGGCGGCUGCCUGAACGGUGGCGUGUGCGCAGGGCCCGAGCGGUGCGCGUGCGCACGCGGUUUCGGCGGCGCACGCUGCGAGCGGGACGUGGACGAGUGCGGUGCGUUGGCGCACCCCGCCGCGCACGCGCCGUGCGUGCCGCGCGCAUUGUGCGUCAACACGCCUGGCUCCUACUACUGUGUGUGUCGGGACGGAUACAGGCGCGAUCCGCACAGAGACCACUGUGAAGAUGUAGACGAAUGCACAGAAGGCUUCCAUACGUGUCAUCCAAGUGCUCGCUGCAUAAAUGUAGAAGGAGGUUUUAGAUGUCAAUGUGAUACACCUUCCUGCGAACUCAGUUGUUCGUGGCAAGGACAGAUCCUGUCAGACGGCGAGCGGUGGAUGGAGGCGAGCGGAUGCCGCUCGUGCUCCUGCAACGCCGGCGUCGCAUCCUGCGUACGAGCGCUUUGCGCUUGUGAUAAAGACAAUACCUCGCUUACCUUCGCAAGUACGGAGUCGUCGCUGUCGCUGGCGCCGGCGGCGUGCUGUCCGCACUGCGAAGCGCGCUUUCAUUGCCGCCACCAGGAGAUGCACCACGUCACCUUCCGCAGCGGCGAGCGCUGGCUUUACCAGUGCCAGAUCUGCGAGUGUCUACUGGGUGAAGUAGACUGCUGGGAGCCCGAGUGUGAGGAGGGCACGGCCUGCUGCUCGGCCGGGCCGGCUGCGGGGGUGGGCACCGGCUCCAGCACCGAGGGGGGUGAGUGGCGCGCGCCCCACCGCCUCGAGCUGGCGGGCUGCGCGCCCCCGCACUGUCCUACCUGCCAAGGCGGGCAGUGUGCUACUUUGGUGAGCAAUCUCGCGUGUUGUGUGCAUCGAGCGCGGCGCGACGUGGCGGCGGCGCUGGCGCUGGCGGCGCUGUGGCUGGGCCGCGCGCCACACCCGCACCGCAAGCACCGCGGCGCGCGGCGCUAGAGCCGCCCUGAGCGACGCACGCACACCCUAUUUAUUCUAGAUAGACCUAAUGUUAACCAAUUGCCGCGGGCGCGCCCCGCUCCCGGCCUUAACUGAGCGAGCGGCGCGCCCGCGCCCCAGGGCCGCGCGCCGCUGCGUCGCGCCGCACGCUCAUCCUCGUUAUAGCAAUAUUAUAGUAAUCGUGUAGGUCGCGGCCGCGCGGCGCGACGCGCGCGGCCGGCGCUAGCCUCGGUCCGCCGCGACGCGUGAACGUGUGUGCGCUGGAGCUGGAGCGAAUGGAGCGCGGCGGGCCGACGCGCGUCGCUCCCACCGCACCUGUAAUCUUUGAAUUCUAAACUGUCGAGUUCGCCCGCUUGUAUUGUUAUCUUUAGACUUGUAUCGUAGCCGGCCGCGAGGCGCGCGGCGCCGGCGCGGCGGGCUCCGCGCCACUGAGCGGCCUAACGUUCCUCCGGUAGUCCUGUAGUCUUUAAGCCUAGGGGCGGGCCCGUGACCGCUCGUGCGCUCGCGCCCCUGUUGUACGAAUUUUUUCAUAAUAUAUUAUAGUUUUUGUUUGUCUUUAUAUAGAGAUCGUUUUCAUGAAUAUUUUGAAAAUAACCAAAAAUAGGUACCAAAUAUAGAGAAGAUAUGAUUGUUUCUUGAUUUCGUAAAGCAUUUUAAUGCUUGCAUGUUGUAUUGUGUUCAAAAAAUUACAAUUAAAAAGAUAUCUUAAUUAUUUCGUUUUAAUAUCUGUACCCACCCUGUAAGUACGCUAGAGAAAUAUUGUUACGAUAUCA